AUGGAGUUUCUUCCUCUGGUCUCCUGCAGGUCAACAUGGAUCCAGGUCUCACCAUCGUCCUCCUGGGAAACACCGGCGUAGGUAAGAGUGCUUCAGGAAACACCAUCCUGGAUCGCCCUGCGUUCGAGUCCAGACAGACCCUGACCCCGGUGACCAGGCAGAUCUCCGAGGCCACUGAGACCGUGUUUGGGAAGCAGGUCUCGGUGGUGGACACCCCGGGGAUCCUGGGCUCAGAGCGGCAGAUCCAGGCCUGGUGCCGGGAGCUCCGGGGGUCCGGCAGAGAGACCCUGUUCCUGCUGCUGUUCAGUGUGGGGCGCUUCACCAAAGAGCAGGGGAAGGUUCUGGUGGCAGCUCACAGGGUCCUCGGACCUCAGGACUUCAACCGGUGUUUCCUGCUGUUCACGCGGGGGGACGCCUUAGAGGGCCAGGCUCUGGAGGACUUCAUCCUUGAAGACGAGGACACUGCAGCUAGCUGCUCAACGUUCUCAGACAGAUAUCAUCUGUUCAACAACCAGAGCGGAGGGCGGGAACAAGUCCGAGAGCUGCUGGAGAAGACGGGCCACCUCCGAGCCCAGAACCCCCCCCCAGCAGGUGUCCUGCAGUCCGUCCGGUUGGAGGAGGUGAGGCUGGUGCUGCUCGGCCCUCCUGGAGGAGGGAAGAGUUCCUCAGGGAACACCAUCCUGGGGUCGGAUCAGUUUCAGUCGGACUGUGGCUUCAACCCCGUCAGCACUGAGUCGGUCAGUCGCUCUGCCACGGCGGGGGGGCGUCAGGUCACUGUGGUGGACUCUCCAGGAAUCACAGCUGGAAGUGUGUCUCCUGAACAGCUGUCUAAAGAGAUCAUGAAGUCCAUAAAGCAGGCGAGUCCAGGACCGCACGCCCUGGUUCUGGUGCUCAGACUGGGCAGCAUCAGCUCGGCAGACAUCGCCCUGUUUGAGAACCUGAAGCAGCUGCUCAGAGGCCAGGUUUGGAGGUACUCCAUGGUGCUCUUCACUCACGGGGACAAGUUAGGAGGUCAGUCCAUAGAUGAUCUGAUCCGGUCCAACAGUCAUGUCUCUGAGCUGGUCUCCAUGUGUGGAGGUAGAUACUGUGUGUUUGACAACAAGAGAAGAAUCAGACAGCAGGUCAGAACCUUCCUGUCUAAGAUAGAUGAGAUGGUCUCAGCUAACGGAGGUCAGCACUACACAGACCAGUGGUUCAGGAGAGACUUUCCUUAGAGAAGAAAGGAUCCUGUCAGGUGCUUCAGGUGGUAAUGAGAUAAAAGAAAGCGUAUUGGAGAAAAUGAAACCUUAUGUGUUGUUUGGAGCAGGAGCAGUAGCAGCAGUAAUAGGAAUAUCAGUAGGAAUCGGAGCAGGGAUCGGAGCAGGGAUCGGAGCAGCAG